AUACCGUGAAUGUAGACGAUAUUAGUGCUACUUAUAUAUCAAGAUUCUUUUGCACCAAUUUAAAAAAGGAAACAUAUGAAAAUUUGAGGCCCCAUAAAUUCUUUAAUUGCCUGGCUAGUGAGCUGUAUUGUCAUUGCCAGAAAUGUGUUUGGCUAUUCAAAAGGAAAGUACGGUCGUAUGAAUGGCAAUUCUCUUGGAUUCAUAUCAUAAAUAUCAGUUCAGACCUCUUCAUUUUUUAAAUCCCAGCAUAAUGACUGCUAUGUCUAGCAUUAUAUCCCCUUUCCAUUUCCUUUUGAUUCUCUUGGUCGCCGCCCACAGCAUUUGUUGUGGUGCUACAGACAAAGAGAAAGAUGUUUACAUUGUGUACAUGGGUUCCCUACCAGAAGGUCAAUAUUCUCCUACAUCUCACCAUCUCAGCCUUCUUGAAGAAAUUCUUGGGGAAAGUGCCGCCACUGAGUCCAUAGUUAGAAGCUAUACUAGGAGUUUCAAUGCAUUUGCAGCCAGACUCAGUAAUGAAGAGCAACAAAGAAUUGCUAGCAAGAAGGAAGUGCUAUCUGUCUUUCCAAGUAGAACUCUCCAACUUCAAACAACAAGAUCAUGGGAAUUCAUUGGUUUAGCCGAAACUGCAAAACGAAAUCCUGCUGUCGAGAGUGACGUAAUAAUUGGUGUUCUAGAUACUGGAAUUUGGCCUGAGUCUGAAAGUUUCAGCGAUAAAGGUUAUGGUCCACCACCUAAGAAAUGGAAGGGCACUUGUAAAGGUGGCAGCAACUUUACUUGCAACAAUAAGAUUAUUGGAGCUCGAGCUUACUCCUCGGAUCAAAAUAGUUCCGUAAGGGAUGAGGAAGGUCAUGGUAGCCAUACUGCCUCAACAGCAGCUGGUAGCAAAGUACCAGAUGCAAGCUUUUAUGGAGUGGCAAAGGGCAUCGCGCGAGGAGGGGUUCCGUCCGCAAGGAUUGCCGCAUACAAAGUCUGUGAUUCUAUUGGGUGUGCAGGCGAAGACGUCCUUGCUGCCUUUGAUGAUGCUAUUGCAGAUGGGGUUGACCUCAUUUCCAUUUCACUAGGUGGAGAACCAAUAGCUGUUGACUCUGAUAUUAUUUCUAUUGGUUCUUUUCAUGCAAUGGAGAAAGGUAUACUCACCGUUCAUUCAGCUGGAAACGAAGGUCCUUCUGUAUCAUCAGUAUCAAGUGUUGCACCAUGGUUGUUCUCCGUAGCAGCCAGCAGCACAGAUCGUAAAAUUAUUACUAAGGUUGUUCUUGCAAAUGGAAAGACACUCACUGGAAAUGCAGUAAAUUCUUUCACACUGAACGGAACUAAAUUCCCUUUGGUAUAUGGGAAAGCUGCUUCAAGAAGUUGUUCUGAUAUUUUAGCUUGGAAUUGCAUAGAAGGUUGUUUGGAUAGCAGAUUGGUGGAAGGAAAAAUUGUCGUAUGUAAUGAUCCAAAUGUAAUUGAAGAAACUUCUAGAGUUGGCGCCCUUGGGACAAUCAUUUUAGGUGAUGAUCAAAAAGAUGUUUCUUUUGUAUUACCGUUACCUGCAUCUAUUUUGGCAACUGACCAAUUCAGUGUGCUUCAGUCUUUCUUGAACUCUACAAAAAACCCACAAGGAAGUAUACUAAAAAGUGAAACCACUAAAGAUACACAUGCUCCUGUAGUUGCUUCCUUCUCUUCACGCGGGCCAAACAGCAUUUUAGAAGAUAUUUUGAAGCCAGAUAUAAGUGCUCCAGGAAUAGAAAUUUUGGCAGCAUUUUCCCCUGUUGCUUCACUUUCUUCAUUCAAUGAGGAUAAGAGGCAUGCAAAAUACAAUAUAUUAUCUGGAACCUCCAUGGCUUGUCCACAUGUAACCGGUGCAGCUGCCUAUAUUAAGACAUUUCACCCUGAUUGGUCUCCAUCCGCCAUCAAAUCUGCCCUGAUGACCACUGCUUGGCCAAUGAAUGCCACUAUACAAGGUCAAUAUGAAGAUGGUGAAUUUGCUUUUGGGGCUGGCCAUAUCAAUCCAGUGAAAGCAAAAGCUCCCGGUCUAGUUUAUGAAGCAUCUAAAGAUGACUACCUAAAAAUGCUUUGCAGUAUCAACAUUACCACUUUUGGUACUUGUCCAAAGCAUGUUACAGGAUCUCCAAAGGAUUUGAACUACCCUUCAAUACAAGCUCAAGUGAAUGCAGUAAAAAAAUUUACAGUUGAGUUUCCCAGAACAGCAACGAAUGUUGGCCCCGGUAAUUCAACGUAUGUGGCUAAAGUAGACGUUGCAGAUUCUGAUAUCAAAGUUAGCGUGAAACCUGGUACACUCUCCUUUAAGUCUUCGGGUGAAAAGAAGUCUUUCAUUGUGACUGUGUCUGGGAAAGGAUUAAAAGUUACUAGCAGGUUAUCUGCAUCACUUGUGUGGUCGGAUGGCACUCAUAACGUGAGAAGUCCAAUUGUUGUGUACACAAAUUCACUCUAGUAAGUUCUAUGUCAUUGCACUUUGAUUUCCUUAAAUAACACAAAAAAAGUAUUGUACCAUUGAAAACUAUGAACUUUCUGGUAGAAGAAUUUAGAAUUAUUUAUUACUGGUCAUUAAUUUGUGCAAUUCUAAUGAGAAAUGUAUUAUUCUGUGCUCUAGGUAGACCACAACAGUAUUGUCCAAUAGUCCAUCCAUUCAAUGAAAUUAUGCCCUUUAUGAUUUAUCUCCUCUAGGCAUACUAUUGUGACUUCUAUUUGGCCAAUGUGCUGUGUGAGCAAGUGAGAUGCCUUAUUUGCAUUGCAGAUGAGUAAUCUUUUGUUUGUCGAAUAGGACCCUAUAAAAUGUGCCCCACCGGUGACUUAUCCCUCCAUCUGUUUGUGCAAUCACUACAUUGUGGCAAUCUAGCUCCCUCUAGUUCAACGCUAGAUGUCUGUGAUGCACUAAACGAGGCACCAUUUAUGUUGAUUUUAUGUAUAGCAACCCUGGAUUGCUUUUGCAACUGGCUCGGUAACAUUUCCCCUAGCCUCGAUCCCCCUUAAGCUCUCAGUUGGGGGAAUUUUUGUAGUCCACACGUUUCUUAGGUCUGUGCACUCCAUUAAGCAUUCUAAGUUGUCUCCUCUGCCAUCUCGUAUAUAUCAUACCUCAGUUUCAUAGGUUGAUGUGCAUCUCCAUUGGAUUGAAUUAUGGAUGAUACACGUUCUAACAAGCUAAGCUCCUAAAAGUGGUUCUCAGGUUUCGUAUAUAUAGAUGGGUGUGAACCAACAAGGAACCCUAUCUUAGAGGAAAACUUUGUUACGCAAACAAGACAAGCAAGUAAACAUGCAUAAACAAGACAAAUAAGCAAACAAGGGUGCAACCAACGUAUUGAAAUCAUACAUGAUGACAUACAACAAGUAAAGCCACUAGCACAUAGGAGGCAAACCAUGUUAUCAUCACAUACAAGGACAAAGAAUAAACACGCCAUAAUGCACGUUAAAUGCUAACAUGAGAAAUCCUAAUAUUCAAAACUAAUCAAGAGAGAGAGGCAAGGUGUAAGCAUGUCAACAUCAUCAUCAUAUGAUCGCAAACAAGGGGUUGCACCGAUAUAAGCAACAUAGAAAAUGAUGCAACCAAACGUAGACAAGAAAAGCACAAAGGUGCAAAAAAACAUGCUAAGGAAAAUACAAAGGGUGCAACCAAACAUAUACUAAGUAUGUGUUUGGAUUCGAAUUAUUCCGGCGUUUGCGUCUAUGUUUUUGAUUUUUUUUUUUUUUUACCAGAAGCACGUGAUCACAGCUGCCAGUGGGUUCCGUGUACUGUUCACGAGACCACAAAUCUCAUUUUUCAGCAACUUUUUCAUUAAAAAUGGGUCCCACAGUACUAUUCACACAUUUAAAAAUUAUUUUGCUACAGUAUUUUUAGUUUUCAGUUUCAGCAACAAUAAGUUCAAUCCAAACGGACCAUAAAUGGGAGAAAAUAGCAUAGGAAGUACGUUUGAAAAUGAAAAAGGCUAGAUCUAAGCAUGUAAGUAUAGAUCUAAUUAUAAAGCAUCUAAACACGGUAUCACAUAAAAGGAAACGCAUAAAAACACUAAAUAUACAAAAAAUGAAAUAAAGACUCUAGAUCCAAACUCUUUAAUGAAUGCGGGUGUUUGGACGUAAAUUUUGACUAGAAAAUCAAGAUCUACACCCUACCUAUGACACAAAACACAAUAUGACAUCAAGGCAAAAGGCAUGUAAGCAUAGCAUCAAAAAUUGCAAAUAUGGCAUAAAGAGCAGAAACAAUGAAAUUUAGACAUAUCCUAACUAAGAAGGCUAGGGUAACAUGAUCAAAGCAAUAAAAACAUGCUACAUAAUUUAAACAAAGCAAUAAAGCAUGCUAGGAAAUUAAAUCAAAACAUUAAAAAGCUAUAAUUAAAAAGGGUGUAGAUAGUAGCUAAGAAGCUACGUCUACACCCUCCAAACAUCAAAACCUAGGAAGAAGGACUAAGGAGGAGAAAAUGGAAGCAAAAACACUACAUUUUGAUGUAUGGAGGAAGAGAGAAUCAAAGACUUUUGGUGAGUGUUUUGGGAUAGAGUUGUAGAGAAAAGAGAGGGAAAACUGCCCAGAAAAAGCUUCAA